AUGAUCUGUGAACAUCCCAACUACAUAGACCAUCAGUACUUCCUGAGGAAGGGAGGAUAUCUUGAUUACUAGCACUGGAUGGGCUUCAAUGACUCCAUUCGGUCUUGUUCAUCAGUAUUGCACCUAGCAAGAUGUAGUCACCUAGAACUGCCACUUGACAUGCUGUGCAUCCAUGUCUGGAUUUGGCUUUGCAGCCCCAGGCGCAAAGCCAGCUACAGAUCUAUGAGAGGAUGCUAUCAAAGGCAGGAUGUUGAGUUCAUGGAUAACUGCUCUUCUCUCCAGGAUGACUUUGACUACAGGCACAUCAGGUCCUGUAAAGUACUUGAAAGAAGCUGGGUUCUCUAUGAACAGCUGCACUUCUGAGAACAGCAGUAUCUCCUGAGGCCUGGUAAGUACAGGUGAUUCACCAGCUGGGGUGCCAUGACUGCCAAAGUUGGAUCCUUCCAACCAACAGUGGAUAUUUCCAAACCUAUACAUCAAUGGGUAGUGCAAUUAGUACUUUAA